CCAAAACGCUCAGAUAUUAGCUCAAAGGCAACGCUCACAUGUUGAGAGAGAGAGAGAGAGAGAGAAAAUCAUGCUCCAGAGCGUUUACUAUGGCCAGAUUGGCCAGAGGGAUGUAGAAAGGUUGUUGGGAAAAUAUGGAAAGGAUGGAAGCUUCCUCUUGAGAGACAGCCAAAGCGAGCACGGAGCUUUGUGCCUCUGUGUCAGGAAAGCUCCAUAUGUGCACACGUACAGGAUUAUCCAGUCACCUCAAGGCUGGGCGGUGGAGACUCAGAACAAGGCGAAGAUACAGUGGUUCCCGUCCCUGGAUAUACUCGUUGAAUCCUACAAAGUGACUCCUCAUAACAUGGUUCCUCUUCUGUAUCCGCUUGAAAAAUCACAUCUCAGUGAAGAGGAGAGACAAAAUAGAGAAUCGGAUUACAUGGAAAUGUGACGAUCCAGUGAGACACAAUGAGGGGGAGUGUGUCUGUCUAUAUAAAUGUUCCCUUUUCUGAACUUCUGUUUAGAAGGCAAGCAUUUGUUCAUCUAUCAAAUGAGAUACUUAUCUUUAUCUUUGUUUAACUGGUUUGUUUUUUAUUCUCUUAAGUGACCUUACUGGCCUUCUAGUAAUUGAAGUAUUAAUACCAUAAAAUAUUCCACAAGAUGGCGAUGGAGAUUUGUAAAUUCACCCACCCAGUAAAGACACCCACUACAUGACGUUAAUUCUGUGGGGUGGAUUCCAUGUCCUCAAAAUUUCCACCCAAAUGUGCUCAGUCUGUGCACUAGAUUAAAUGAAAAUGUUUGGUCUAUGCACCGGAUUGAGGAAGAUAGUGUAGUUUAUAAAAAAUUCUAACAGAAACUGUUUAUUAUGUGUGCUUGAUUAUCAAAAUCCCAAUAGAAAGUGUUUGAUCUGUAUACUUCAUUAGAUCGCUUCAGUAGAAUGAGACUCUGGUAUACUCCGCACCAAGCGUCUUUAAUAAUUAUAUAAGCUUUUGAUAAAAAAUGGCAGUAAUUUUAUCGAUGAUAAACCUGUUUGGAAGGAAAAUAUAUUUGUUUUAAUGAGAUGCUUGACUACAGGGGUGCCAGCAGCCAUAAUCCUGUUUUUUCUUCUUAUAUACUCAAGUUUCUGUUCUCCAUUUUAGGAUCUUAUAUAAGGGGAACUGUGUGUGUUUUUUAAGUUACUGGUAAAUGUCAGAUGGCAAAAAAAGAAAAUUACUUUUUGUAAUCAUGAACCUUUAGAGUAGUAGUGUAUAACAGUUCUUGUAUUGUUAUUAAUAAAACUACUUUAUAGGAAUAGAAACUGGCAAAAUGAAAGAACACGUGACAGCAUACAGAUACUCAUGAGGAAUCCCUUAUAUGAUGAUUAAAGUUGGGGAAUUCAGAAGCCUUAAAAAACAGCAAUAUUGUAUACUAAAUUCAGGAAUAGACUUCGAGUUUCCAGUUCACAGCUCUGAUGCUCAGGGUUUAAUCCUGAGUUUGGAGUAUGGCUUGUUUUCCCAUGUCUACGUGCAUUUCUUCUGGAUCCUCAGCCAUCUUUCCAGCUCCCUAAAAUGUGCAGAUAAAGUGACUGCUUAAAAUGCUCAUAAAAUUGUAUGCCCACCUCACCAGCAGUAUUCCUGGGAUAGAUACUUUUUUUUUCUUCACAAAAUACAAUACAACUCUUUUUGUGUUUGAUUACUUAAAAACCAAAUUGUACAAUUAGUAGUCUUAUGCAUUUUGCAAUCUUGUGUGUGACCUUUAUGUAAAAUGAUAGGCGUUUUGAUCUCUUUGGUAAUGCAUUGACUAGCCAAUAAUUUCCAAUAAGAGAAGAAAAUAUAAUACGGCAGAGAGAUAGUAAAUAAGACGCUUUUGGAAAGCCCCUGACUGUGGGCAAAAGCCAUCACUGUCUAGAGAUUACUCACAACAAGUGCUGAUCACAAGCCAUCCAUUGAAGUUGAAUGUGGUUUAUAUUUUUAGAAAAUGAAUUCCUAACCUGAUGACAUUUAAUUUGUUUGCACUAUGUUUUAAAUGUAUUUAUGUGUGAAAUCAACAAAAUGCAUCAAUAAAUUUGGCAGACUGACGUAACAUGCCAUUGCAAUUUAUUAUACUUGUACAUGUACAUUUAUUUUUGUAUAAAGUAUUUUACUGGUGUAAUUAUAAUGUUAAUGCCUGUGUGUUGUUACAGUAUUAUGACUAUUGUUAAUAGUAAACUAUGUAGUCACUUCCUUUUAAAGAAGGUUUCUAUCAAUUUGUAUUUCCCCUUAU